UGGGCUACUGCAGCCAACAAGAGCAAGUCGCCUCCAAGCAAGUUAGUGACAGCGUUUUUGUCCUGUUUGUUAAAUGUUAACCUGUUGAAAUGAUGAGUGUAUUGUGAGGUAGCGAGUUAAGUGUUAUCGCAGUUGUGUCGUUGACGUUAAUUUUUAUUUGGAAAUUAGCACGCGUUGGCUAACAUUAGCAAAAAGGGAACACCAAAGUGGUGGCAUUUCUCUUUUUUCUGACUUCAUAUUUGGCCAAUUUUCAGCCCUACUCAUUUCCACACUUCGUCUUGUUACAAACGUUACGGUUUUAUAAACAAACUGAGUGUUUGGUCGUGCUUAUUCCCACUUCAGUCGACGCUAGCCAGCUUAGCUAGCUAGCUAGCUGACGGCUAACGUAAAGUAUCAACAGUCACCAAGGCAACAAUGAACAUCCUUCCAAAGAAGAGCUGGCAUGUCCGCAACAAAGACAACGUCGCUCGCGUGCGGAGGGACGAGGCCCAAGCAGCAGAGGAGGAGCGCGAGGCCAAGCGUCGCGUGGAGCGUGCCGAGCAAGAGGCUCGUACAGAGUAUCUGAGAGGGAAAGCCAGAGCUGCUCUCCCUUCAGCAGGAGAAAGGAAGCAUGAAGAUGAUGAUGAUGAUGGACGGAGUGGAGGAAGUGGAGCUCUGGAGCAUCUUAAUCUUUUUCCCCUGGAGGAGUCCUCAGAGAAGAAGGGGAAUGAGGAGUAUCUCAAAGACAAGAAAGAUGAAAAGGAGAAACAGGAACGAGCCAUCGGCUUGCUGGUGUCUCUUGGACCCCAACCCGGAUCUGAGGUCACUCCGUGGUACAUGAAAACUGGCAAAGAAGAAGAAGAUAAGAAAGAAAAAGAAGAGAGGAAAGAAAAAGAAAAGAGGAAGGGAAUAAGUGAAGAGGAAAAGGAGAAGAGAGAUCGCAGAUUGAAAGAUAGUUUAGACCCAUUGAAAGAUAUGAAGAAAGCACUGGCUGUAAAGGACAGAAAAUACCACAACAGCAAAAAAAAGGAAAAAAGAGACAAAGGGGAAAAGAGGGUCAGUGGAGAGAGCUCCAUAGAAAGGUUACGUGCUGAGCGCUUACAGAGGGAGGCUGAAGAAAGGAGAAGAACUAAGGCCCUGCUUGACCAGAGGAACGGCAAAGGGAAGGAGCCAGGGAAGGAGACACAUGAGAGGGAAAUGCCGUACAACAACGCAUACUUCCCAGAGCUUGCUCGAAAGCGCCAAAGGCGGGAUCGAGACAGCUGGAGAGAUGAAAUAUUAAAAUCAUGAACUAUCUUUAUUGGUCGUUUGAGGAGUGUGGUCUGUGAUGGAUGGUUAGUGGACAAAUAUAGUAACUAUUGUGUUUCUAAACGAAGCAAAUGUAAAAAGUCCAGAGGAACAUUUUUAGAACCACAUUAAGAACAUACUUGUAACUUGGUCAUAUUACUGUCAGUAAGUUAAUGAAGGGGCAGCUUGUAGGCCACUUUUUUAUUUGUUUGUGUUUACGCAGAGGUCAGGUUCAGUUACAGUUACCUUCAUCCCCUGCAGCAUUUCGCUCAUGAUCCUGUCACCAGGGCAGAUGGUUGCCGUCACAGGGGGCUUGAAGCUCAGGCUGUCUGCAAAGAAAACACGUAGUGAACAACUGUUAGAAUUGUUUAUGCUAUUGCUAAAAUUUAAAGAGAUUGUAAAAAGAUAGAAAAUCUGCACACACUGAAUGAACAAGUCUUUCAGUAAAGAAAUUACACUUGAGAGUAGAGCUGAAAUAAUUAUUUAAUUAAAGAAUUGGUUGACACACAAUCAUUUCACACAUCUUUCAAGCUAAAUUGCCAAACAUUCUCUGUUGCCAGCUUUUCUUUGUCCUAUAUUUAAGCUGAAUUUCUUUGGGUUUUGGACUGUUGGUCAGAUAAAACAAUUUGAAAAUGUCCCCUUGGGCUCAAGGAAAUCAUAUUUAGCAUUUUUCACAGUUUUUUGACAUUGCAUAGACAAAACGAUGUAAAUAUUAAUUGAGAAAAUAUUCCGAUUAAUCAAUAAUGAAAAUACUUGCUAUUUUAUUUGCAGCUCUAGGUGAGAUCAUAAAGUGUAUGCCUGCUGUAAAAAUUAACGGUAAGGAUAAAAGAUGUUUAUGGUUGUUUAUAUUAUUCCUGAAAGAAAAAAAAAGUCCCCACAUUAUUAUUUCAUAACACUGUUCCCAUCUAUGUAAAUUGAACAUUUCUACUUUUUAUUUUUAAAAGCCAUAACUUUUUCACAGAAGGGUUGGGACAUUUUGACUGGUCACAGUAGGAACAGCACGUAGGUGUAAAUAAUACUAUUAAACGAUGGCUGAAUUCCAUUUAGCUGCUUCAGUUUCAGGGUCCUGGUAUUGUGCAUACUGGCUCACUGUCGUGACUUACUGGGACACUUGAAUAGAACAAAGCCACUAUGACGAGUCGGAACGUCUGCUGUUAAAUAAGGCAUAUUGCAUAAUAUACCAACAUCAAUGAGCAACACAAAAGAUUGGCAUUAACUUGCUUUUUUCAUCUCUGUAAAUUAUUUUGCAAAUGUUGUGAAAA